AUGUCAUUAAACCGUCCAGUGUACGAAGUGGUGACCAUCACGGGUGAUGAGAGAGGAGCAGGCACUGACGCCAACGUGUUUGUCACUCUGUUCGGCGAAUAUGGCAUCACCCCCAAAGCCCAUCUGGCCAGCAAGAGUCGCACAGCCUUCGAAAGGGCCAAAACCGAUGUGUUCAGAAUCAGAACCCACAAUGUUGGACCUUUGAAAAAGAUAAGGAUUGAGCAUGACAACACCGGCCUGAGCGCCAGCUGGUUCCUGGACAGAGUGGUGGUGACAGAUGUGAUCAGGCCUCACUUGAGGUUUUACUUUCCUUGCAACAACUGGCUAAGUAAGACGGAGGGAGAUUGCCUUUGUGUCCGAGACCUGCUGGGCAGCAUGGACCCCAUGGACAUUCCCAAAUAUAACAAGUAUGUGGUGAGCGUUAUCACUGCAGAUGUAAAAGGCAGUGGAACAGAUGCAGAUGUCUUCAUCAAUAUCUUUGGGGAGUUUGGAGACACAGGGGAGAGGCGCCUCGACAAUGACAAAAAUAACUUUGAAAAGGGUACGGAGGACAAGUUCACCAUCGAGGCUCCGAAUUUGGGCAAAGUGAGGAAGAUCACCAUCGGCCAUAAUAACAAAGGCUCCUCAGCAGGAUGGUUCCUGGACAAGGUGGUUGUGGACGAUAUGGGAAACAAAAUAGUGUAUGAAUUCCCAGUUAAUCGCUGGUUUGCCAUCGAUGAGGAUGAUGGGAAGAUCCAGAGGGAUGUUUUGGUCGGGGGGAGCCAGCCCACAGGUAUCGUGUACAACGUCCAGAUUGUGACAGGAAACAUCAGAGGAGCCGGGACAAACUCCAAGAUCCACAUCGUGAUGCACGGCUCGAAAGGCACGAGGAACAGCGGCCAGGUGUUUUUAGAGGGAGGGAAGUUUGAGCGGGACCUGACGGACAUCUUUAAUGUCGAGAUCGCUGCGCUCCUCAGUCCCCUCAGCAGAGUCACCAUUGGACAUGAUAACGAAGGAGUCAGUGCUGGCUGGUACUGCGAGAAGGUGGUGGUGUACUGUCCAUUCACAGGGAUCGAGCAGACGUUCCCGUGCAGUAAAUGGCUGGACGAGAAGGAGGGAGACGGACUGAUAGAGAGAGAACUCUAUGAGAUGGUCUCUCUCAGGCAGAAGAGACAGAAGAAGCAUCCCUGGUCCUUGUGGAUCUGGACGUCAGAUCUAGCCGGCGCAGGGAGCGACGCAGAUAUCUCUUUCCAGGUGUACGGGGAGAAGGGCAAGUCAGACGAGAUCCGGCUGGAAAACAAAACUGACAAUUUUGAGCAGGGACAGGUGGACAGAUUCAUGGUUGAGCUGCCUGAUUUGGGGAAAUUGACCAAAUUUCGUAUCUGGCAUGAGAAGAGAAAUCCCUUUGCAGGAUGGCAUCUCAGCAAGGCAACUCUGUUGAAGACAUUAACAAAGGAAAAGUACAAGUUUCCAUGUGAGCGGUGGCUGGACACUAAUGAAGAUGACAACGAGGUGGUGAGGGAGCUUCCUGCCUGCGGAGACGUGAUCGCUGAGCCACUGCCCUUGUUAAAAUACAGGGUGACCGUUUGCACGGGGACGGUUGGCGGCAGCGGCACAGAUGCGUCUGUUUUUCUCAACCUGAUUGGAGACCAGGGCGACACCGGAGACCGGCAGCUGGUCAACUGCAAAAACAACAUCAACAAGUUCGAGAAAGGAAACAUGGAUGAGUUCAUAGUGGAGGCAGUAGCCCUCGGGCAGAUCCGCAGGGUGAGGAUUGGACAUGACGGAAAAGGUGGCGGCUGUGGCUGGUUCCUUGAUAAAGUGAUUGUGAGAGAGGAGGGACAGGCUGAGGGCGCAGUAGAGUUCCCCUGCAACAGGUGGCUGGAUCGCAAUGAGGAUGAUGGACAGAUUGUUAGAGAGUUGGUUCCAUUCACAGAUGGACAGCGUCUUUACAACAUUGACUAUCACAUCGCCAUAAAGACGGGGAACAUCCCUGGCGGCAGCUCAGACUCCAACGUGUUCGUCAAGCUCUACGGGGAGAAAGGCGACACCAGUAAGAUACUGCUGGUGGUCUCCGCCAACAACCUGGGGAACUACUUUGAGACGGGUCGCAUUGACAUCUUCGCAGUGGAAACCUUUGACAUUGGACAGAUCAACCGUCUGAUGAUCGGCCACACCAAUGAAGGCAUGCGUGCCGGCUGGUUCUUGGACAGCGUUCAGAUUUUGGUUCCAGUCCACGGAAGGCAGUACAUGUUCCCCAGUCACCGCUGGCUGUGCAAGGAUGAGGCCGACGGCAAGACGGAGGUGGAGAUUUACCCAAGCGAGAUCCUGGACAUGGAACAAUUGAUUAACUAUGAGGUAACGGUAGUGACUGGAAAUGUGAUGUUCGCUGGCACCAAUGCCAGAGUGUUCAUCCAGAUCUUUGGAGACAAGGGGAAGACAGAAGUUAUCAGGCUCGAAAGCAGGUCCAACAACUACGAGCGGAACACCACAGAAAUAUUCAAGAUGAAUGCCAAAGAUGUGGGGAAGGUCUUCAAGAUCCGCAUCGGUCACGACAACUCAGGGAUCGGAUCCGGCUGGUUCCUGGAAUCCGUGGACGUCAAACACUUGAUCAUGGCCUUGGAGGACGGCGAGCUGGUGGUGGAGCUGCUGCCCGAGGAUGCAGAGGAGCUGGAAGUCAACACCUAUGAAGUGUGUGUCUUCACUGGUGACAUGCUGGGAGCUGGGACUGACGCUAAUGUCUUCAUCAAUAUUUACGGGGAAAACGGAGACACCGGAGAGCGCUACCUGAAGAACUCGGACAACCUCAACAAAUUUGAGCGGGCGCAGGAGGAUGUUUUCAUAGUGACAGCUAUUGAUCUGGGUCCUCUGAAGAAGCUACGGAUCCGUCAUGACAACACCAAGUCUCAUUCAUCUUGGUACCUGGAUCGUGUUGAGAUCGUGGACACGAAGGAUGAUACAACGUACUAUUUCCCUUGUAACCGCUGGCUCGCAGUGGACGAGGACGACGGGCAGAUAGCGAGAGAGCUGGUGCCUGUGGACGAGGCCUUCAUGAGGCAGGACGAGGAUGAGGAGGGGACAGCCGCCACGCUCGGGCUGGAGCAGAAAUCCAUGUCUACUACGUAUACUAUCAAAAUCAAAACCGGAGAAAAGAAGUAUGCCGGGACCGAUGCCAACGUCUUCGCCAUCCUCUUUGGGGAAAAUGACGACACAGGGAUCAUCAACCUAAAGGCUUGUAAGAACUACAAGAACAAGUUUGAACAGGGGAUGAUCAAUGAGUUCACCGUGGAGGCAGUGGACCUGGGCGAUCUGGAAAAGCUCCGAAUCGGACACGACAACUCAGGGGGUUCGCCUGGCUGGUUCUUGGACUGGGUCGAGAUCGACGCGGCCUCGCAGGGUCAGAGACUGCGCUUCCCAUGUGGCCGCUGGUUGGACAAGGGAGAGGAUGACGGGGCCUUAGUGAGGGAUCUCUAUCCUGCCGAGCUGCAGACCGAACUCUACAUGCCAUUUGUGCCCUAUGAGAUAAAGAUCUACACCAGCGAUGUGUUCUGUGCGGGAACAGACGCUGACGUGUUCAUAGUCUUGUACGGCCGUAAGGGAGUGUGCACGCAGCAGAAGCACCUGUGCGUCAACAAGAGAGAGAGACGUCUGUACUUUGAGAGGGGAGCUGAGGACAUGUUCAUUGUGGAGUUGGAGGAUGUCGGCGAAGUCAUAGAGAAGAUCCGGAUAGGACACGACAACAAGGGAACCAACCCGGGAUGGCACCUCGACAGGGUGGAGAUCAGGCGACAGCUCAGGAAAGGCAAGGGUUCGGAGACAACCAUUUUCCCAUGUGAGUGCUGGCUGGCCAAGUCUGAAGAUGACGGGGAGACGGUGAGGGAGUUGGUCCCCUCGGACAUCAUCACACAGAAACUCCUCAGGGACGGGACGCUGAAGACGACCGAAACAGAAGUGGAGGACGCUUUGGAAAUUCACACGUACACGGUGUCCGUGCGGACAGGAGAUACCAGCGGUGCAGGGACCGACGCCAACGUUUUCCUCACCAUCUACGGCGACCUGGGAGACACAGGAGAGCGCAAACUCGCCAAAUCUGAGAGCAACAAGAACAAGUUCGAGAGAGGAGCGGUGGACAAGUUCUCCAUUGAGGCCGUGGAUCUGGGGCAAGUGUUUAAGAUUCAUAUUCGUCACGACAACUCCAUGAUGGGGGCGGACUGGUACCUGGACCAGGUGGAGGUGCUGGAUCUGGAAACAGAGGAGGUGUACAUGUUCCUAUGUGAGCGCUGGCUGUCAACAAAAAAAGAGGACAGACGCAUUGAGAGGAACUUCUUCGUCAAGUUCAUAGAUGAAAAUGUGGUAUAG